AUGAGGCCGGGAGUGACAAAGCUGCCGCGAACGCCCAAAUUUCCUACGCACAAUGCACCGCGCGUGUGGUUCUUGACCUGCGCCAACAGCCCCAUUGGCAUCUCACUGUGCACGCAUUUGCUCGCGCAUGGCGACUAUGUCACUGCGGGUGUGCAACCCACCGAGUACGAACGGGAGGAGGAGAGGAGUCGGGACUUCAAGGACUUUCUAGAGGAGCUCAGUGCGCCAUCGACUCCCGCUGUUGCCGUUGCUACCAAGGACGACCGAGAGCUGUGGAAGAGCAGGCUGCGCGUGGUAGCCCUGGAUGUAAAACUCAUGGGUCAGUGCCAGUCGGCGGUUGCAGAGGCUGUUCGUUGCUUCGGGCGUAUCGAUAUACUGUUCUGCUGCCAUUCUGAAAUCGUUGUCGGAACGGUCGAGGAACUAUCACAGAGCCCAAGGACACUGAGUCUGGUCAAGGAUCAAUUUGAGACCAACUUCUUCGGCCCUGUCAACAUCAUCAAGGCUACACUUCCCAUUUUCCGGCAGAAGAAGAAUGGUCACAUCCUCCUGAUGACUGCCGUCACUGGCCAUCUGGGCACACCGGGUCUCAGCAUGUACUGCGCAAGUCAAUGGGCAAUCGAGGGCUACUGUGAUAGUCUCGCGUACGAGAUUGCUCCGUUCAACAUCAGAAUGACUAUUGUACAACCGAACAUGGAAGUCAAUGUGCUCACACAUCGCAUCACUUCUGCACCUCCUAUGGCCUGCUAUACCGACGAGAACAAUCCGGCUCCGCUGUCACGCAACAUCCUAUCAUCUCUGCUCGACAAAAUUGAGGGCUCCGCGGAACCGACCACUGGGGAUCAGCUGUACUCGGACGACGUCAAGAGCCUGUACGCGCCGCUAAGCAGAGGCAUGAAGGAGCGACUGGUAGCAGAGACGGUGCAUGCCGUUGCAGCUAUUGGCGGCCAUGACAAUCCCCCAGCGCGGCAUAUUGUAGGCGUGGAAGGCGUCACUGCAGUCAAGGAGAAGCUCAAGACCGUCAGCGAAGAACUGGAGGACUUCAGCGAAUGCAGUGGUGCUGCUGAUAUCGAGAAGACUGGGGACAUACAGACUCCCAGCUGA